CAGUAGUUACUUCGUGCCACACAGCAUUUUCAUUCUCUUGUCUUCUCUUCUCUCUUUUAUCAUCUCACCUCCAUGAAUAAGCUCAAACCCUUUUCAUCCCAGUUCUUCUCAGUCUUCACCCUGCUGCUACUAUUCCUCGCCCCCAUCGUAGCCUCCGGUGAGUGUACAUGCGACCCUGAAGAAAACACCGGACAUGACAAAAGUAAAGCCCUCAAGUACAAAAUUGCAGCAAUUGCAUCCAUCCUGACUGCUAGUGCAAUCGGAGUGUGUAUUCCGGUCCUGGGGAAAACGAUUCCAGCAUUGCAUCCAGAGAAAAAUAUCUUCUUUAUCAUCAAGGCGUUUGCAGCGGGAGUUAUUCUGGCUACUGGGUUUAUUCAUAUACUUCCUGAUGCCUUUGAGCAGUUAACGUCGCCGUGCCUUAAAGGCAAGGCGUGGGAGAAAUUUCCGUUCACUGGUUUUGUUGCAAUGAUGUCUGCAAUCGGAACAUUGAUGAUAGACACUACAGCCACCAGUUACUAUAACAGGUCUCACUUUAACAAGUCUCAGCUGAUGAAUGGAGAUGAAGAAAGGACAGAUGAGCAAGUGAGUCACGUCCAUGUCCAUACCCAUGCCACAUAUGGUCAUGCCCAUGGCUCUGAUUCUACCUCCUCAGAGCUUCUGAGACAUCGAGUCAUCUCACAGGUUUUGGAGUUGGGAAUUGUGGUACACUCUGUGAUCAUUGGGAUUUCCGUGGGGACUUCGGAAGACCCUUCCACAAUAAGGCCUUUGGUUGCAGCUCUGACUUUCCAUCAGUUCUUUGAGGGCAUGGGGCUUGGUGGAUGCAUUACUCAGGCAAAAUUUAAGAACCGAGCCACUGCGAUUAUGAUACUUUUUUUCUCCCUCACUACCCCAGUUGGGAUUGCAAUUGGUAUGGGAAUAACAAAUGUUUAUAACGAGAACAGCCCCACUGCUCUCAUUGUUGAAGGGAUUUUUGACUCUGCCGCAGCUGGGAUCCUGAUUUACAUGGCGCUUGUUGAUCUGCUUGCAGCAGAUUUCAUGAACCCUAGGAUGCAAAGCAAUGGAAAGCUUCAAAUAUUGGCCAAUGCUUCACUUCUCCUAGGGGCUGGUUGUAUGUCUGUCUUAGCUAAAUGGGCCUAAGGAUGUAGUCUAUCUUACAUACCUGUUUUUGUCUUAUCGAAAUUCCUAAUGUAACAGAGAGUUUCACAUGUAAUUCUAUAUUGAAAUUGAAAAAGGGAUGUUCAUAGAAAUUUCCUAUAUCUCACGAUAAAGACAGUACGGAUUCAUAUAUAAAAUGUCAUUUCAAAUGGACCAA